AUGGGGGAUCUUCCCAUCGCAAGGUGCGACAAGGCUCCCGCUUUCGUGAAGGUUGGCGUUGACUUUGCGGGACCCAUGCUCAUCAAGCAACGAGGAAGAAAGGCGUCUCCCCUCAAGGGAUAUGUCAGCGUGUUCGUGUGUAUGGUCACCAAGGGCAUACAUCUGGAGGUAGUUGAGGAUCUCUCGGCCGACGCGUUCAUAGCCGCCCUCCAGCGAUUCGUCUCUCGCCGUGGUGUCCCUGAGCAGAUAUUCUCCGACAAUGGGACAAACUUUGUCGGUGCUCGCAACGAGCUGAACGAGCUCUAUCGGCUUUUUAAGCAGGAAGCUACCGAGCUCAAGAUUUUCGAGUUCUGCCAAACCAGGCAGAUCGAAUGGAAGAUGAUUCCCCCGAACGCCCCACACAUGGGUGGGAUUUGGGAAGCAGGAGUAAAGAGCGUCAAGACCAUCCUGAAGAAAAAGUGCCAGUCAAGCCUCUUGACGAUGUCCGAGUUUUCGACCUUGCUGUGCCAGAUCGAAGCUCAGCUCAACUCUCGGCCUUUGUACGCUCCGUCUGAGGACCCCUCGGAGCUCGAGCCGUUAACUCCAGGUCAUUUCAUGAUCGAUCGUCCUCUGACUGCCAUUCCGGAGCCCAGUUACGAUGGAAUCCCGGAAAAUCGGCUCUCCAGAUGGCAGUACGUCCAGCGCCUGCGUCAAGAGUUCUGGAAGCGCUGGUCCGAAGAGUACCUGCUGGAGUUACAGGUACGACAGAAGUGGAAUAAGAAGAAGGAGAACAUUCUACCUGGUGCGGUGGUGGUUAUCAAGGAUGACAACUUACCACCCCAACAAUGGAAGCUGGGUAAAAUCGAAGCAGCCUACACUGGAGCAGAUGGAUUGGUCCGUGUGGUGGACGUUCGAACCAAGGCCGGUAUUCUGAAGCGUCCGAUCCACAAACUGGCCCCUCUACCUAUACUGGACAACCGUGUGGCCAACGAGAACAAGGGUCCCGCGGGGGAGGAUGUUCGGGCCGAUCGCCACGAAUGA